AACGAAUUCAAAUAUUAAAAAGUGGUCGGUUAGGUUAGCUACAUUAAAACACUCUGAAACACUAUGGACGGUUAGUUAGGCUUCCCCGGCUCAGACGUCAGACCAUCGCCGUAGUCGGAGGAGCGCCGCUGGACGAGACACAGCCCGAGCUACCGAUGGAGAGCAAGCAUGGAGAAGACUGCUCGUGCGGUGCGGGCAACGCGCGACCAGCAAUUCUGCAACGCUUCGCCAACACCAAGUGGUUCCUUUUUGUGUACAGCGCUCUGGGCAUGGUGCAGAGCAUGUGCUACAUAUACAUGUCAGCCACGCUGUCCACCCUCGAGAAGCGCUUCAAGAUCCCCAGCCGGACCAUGGCGCUGCUGCUGAGCGGCAGCGAGGUGAGUCAGGUGCUGGUGUCGCUCCUGCUGGCGCGUCUCGGCAGCUAUUGCAGCCGGCCUCGGUGGAUCGCCCGCGGCGCCGCCUGCUCCGCCUGCGCCUGCUUCCUGCUCGUGCUGCCGCAGCUGCCGCAGCUGCUGCAGCUGCUGCGCGGCGCUGGCCUGGACGCCGCUCACCGACACGCCAACGACACCGCGCCGCUAUGCGUGACGAACUCGAUGGGGCAGAAGCAUGGCGAAGCCUCGGAGGACUGUUCCGUAACACCCUUGGCGCUCAUAUUCAUCUCGCAGUUUAUGCUGGGCGUCGGCGCCACCCUCUUUCAUUCCUUGGGACAAGCGUACUUGGACGACCACACCAAGAAAACGAACGCGCCGUUCGUGAUGGGCCUGGCCAUGUCGCUGCGCAUGCUGGGGCCGGCGGCCGGCUACGCCCUCUCCGCGCUGUGCCUAGGACUACCCGAGCAACUGCGACACCCGCCUACCGUCGGCCCGCAUCACCCGCGCUGGAGCGGCGCCUGGUGGCUCGGCUGGCCGGUGCUGGGCUCCGUGAUGCUGGCUCUCGCCUUGGCCAUGGCGCGCUUCCCGGCCGCCCGCUCCACCUGCGCGGCCAAUCAGGGCGCCGCGCGCGCGGCCGCAGCCAAUCAGCGCGCCGAGGACUGGCCGGCGCCAGAGGCGGAGCCACUCAGCGAUGGCGAGCCGGGGAGGCGCGGCCGCUCGGUCAGCAGGAGGCAGUCCGCCUUCGGCGAAGGAUUCAGGGAUUCACUGGAAAGGCUGUUGCAGAACAAGUUACUGCUCUAUAACAUUUUCGCCGCCGUGUUCCUCGUGCUGGGGGAGUCUGGGGCCAUGACCUUCUCCAUGAAGUACGUGGAGAUACAGUACCACACUUCCGCAGCAGGGGCGAGCAUCGUGUCUGGCGGCGUGAACGUGCUGGCCAUCGUGCUCGGCGUGCUGAGCUCCGGCUUCCUGAUCGGCCGCUUCAGGCCGCGGCCGCGCUGCAUGCUGGGCUGGAACGUGCUGCUGGGACUGGCCCACGUGGCCGGCUCCGUCGCCUUCGUGUUGCUCGACUGCGGGGGCGGAGCGCCGCCACGCCUCGACUCCCCCGGCGGCAGGCUGCGCCUGGAAUCGGAGUGCAGCCGAGGCUGCGGCUGCCAGGCGGCCCUGUUCCUGCCCGCCUGCCGUGAAGCCACAUUCCACUCCGCCUGCCACCUGGGCUGUCGACACGAGGCUGCCCACGCCGUGAGUACUCCUGGCACAUGUCACACUGCAACAUUACACUACGCCACCUACCACUCCGCCUGCCACCUGGGCUGUCGACACGAGGCUGCCCACGCCGUGAGUACUCCUGGCACAUAUCACACUGCAACAUUACACUACGCCACCUACCACUCCGCCUGCCACCUGGGCUGUCGACACGAGGCUGCCCACGCCGUGAGUACUCCUGGCACAUGUCACACUGCAACAUUACACUACGCCACCUACCACUCCGCCUGCCACCUGGGCUGUCGACACGAGGCUGCCCACGCCGUGGGUACUCCUGGCACAUGUCACACUGCAACAUUACACUACGCCACCUACCACUCCGCCUGCCACCUGGGCUGUCGACACGAGGCUGCCCACGCCGUGAGUACUCCUGGCACAUUUCACACUGCAACAUUACACUACGCCACCUACCACUCCGCCUGCCACCUGGGCUGUCGACACGAGGCUGCCCACGCCGCUGCCCACGCCGUGAGUACUCCUGGCACAUGUCACACUGAAACAUUACACUACGCCACCUACCACUCCGCCUGCCACCUGGGCUGUCGACACGAGGCUGCCCACGCCGUGAGUACUCCUGGCACAUGUCACACUGCAACAUUACACUACGCCACCUACCACUCCGCCUGCCACCUGGGCUGUCGACACGAGGCUGCCCACGCCGUGAGUACUCCUGGCACAUGUCACACUGCAACAUUACACUACGCCACCUUCCACUCCGCCUGCCACCUGGGCUGUCGACACGAGGCUGCCCACGCCGUGUUGACCAACUGCUCGUGCGCGCCGGCUGCCUGCUAUGGCGGCGGGGGCGGUGGGGGCGGCUGCCUCCGGCCCCCGGCGGCGGCGGGGACGGGCGAGUCCUGCCGCGAGUCCUGCGGCGGAGUCCUCGCCGGCUUCCUGCUGGUGGGCUUCUGCGUCCAGGUCCUGGCCAGCUCCGGUCGCAUCGGCAACCUGCUCGUCAACUUCAGAUGCGUAAAGCAGAAAGACAAAGCACUUGCCUUAGGCCUAAGUAUGCUGACGGUGAGUCUUUUAGCCUUCAUACCUGGCCCGAUCAUCUUUGGAGCCAUAAUUGAUUCCACAUGCCUCGUUUGGGACACAAGCUGUCCCGGAAGAGGCAACUGCUGGCUGUACCACAGGGACAACUUCCGGUUGUACAUGAACGCAGCCGCGGCAGGGUUCGCGGCGCUCGGCGUCCUGAUGGACGUGAAGGUGUGGCAGCUGGGAGGACAGCUGGACCUGUACGGCGAGGCGGACCCCGGCGAGCUGGGACAGCUGGAGCGCGCCUCUAGGCACAGCCGGAGCUUCAGCGCCGUGCAGGACGACAGCUGCGAGGCGUGGUCCAGCGGCACCUCCAGGGCCCGUGGCUACAGUGACUCCUCCAGGGGCUCCUCCAGGGCUGGCGGCUCCAGUAGCUCCUCCAGGGGCGCGGCUCCAGUGACUCCACCAGGGCCGUGUCUCCAGUAGCUCCUCCAGGGCCCGUGGCUACAGUGACUCCUCCAGGGGCUCCUCCAGGGCUGGCGGCUCAAGUAGCUCCUCCAGGGCCGCGGCUCCAGUGACUCCUCCAGGGCCGUGUCUCCAGUAGCUCCUCCAGGGCCCGUGGCUACAGUAACUCCUCCAGGGGCUCCUCCAGGGCCGUGUCUCCAGUAGCUUCUCCAGGGCCAUGUCUCCAGUAGCUUCUCCAGGGCCCGUGGCUACAGUAACUCUUCCAGGGGCUCCUCCAGGGCUGGCGGCUCCAGUAGCUCCUCCAGGGGCGCGGCUCCAGUGACUCCACCAGGGCCGUGUCUCCAGUAGCUCCUCCAGGGCCCGUGGCUACAGUGACUCCUCCAGGGGCUCCUCCAGGGCUGGCGGCUCCAGUAGCUCCUCCAGGGCCGCGGCUCCAGUGACUCCUCCAGGGCCGUGUCUCCAGUAGCUCCUCCAGGGCCCGUGGCUACAGUGACUCCUCCAGGGCCGUAUCUCCAGUAGCUCCUCCAGGGCCCGUGGCUACAGUGACUCCUCCAGGGGCUCCUCCAGGGCUGGCGGCUCCAGUAGCUCCUCCAGGGCCGCGGCUCCAGUAUCUCCUCCAGGGCCGUGUCUCCAGUAGCUCCUGCAGGGCCCGUAACUACAGUGACUCCUCCAGGGGCUCCUCCAGGGCCGCGGCUCCAGUAGCUCCUCCAGGGCCGUGUCUCCAAAGACUCCUCCAGGGCCGUGUCUCCAGUGACUCCUCCAGGGGCUCCUCCAGAGCUGGCGGCUCCAGUAGCUCCACCAGGGCCGUGUCUCCAGUGACUCCUCCAGGGCCGUGUCUCCAGUGACUCCUCCAGUGCUGACGACUCCAGUAGCUCCUCCAGGGCGAUGUCUCCAGUAGCUCCUCCAGGGCCCGUGGCUACAGUGACUCCUCCAGGGGCUCCUCCAGGGCUGGCGGCUCCAGUAGCUCCUCCAGGGCCGCGGCUCCAGUGACUCCUCCAGGGCCGUGUCUCCAGUAUCUCCUCCAGGGCCCGUGGCUACAGUGACUCCUCCAGGGGCUCCUCCAGGGCUGGCGGCUCCAGUAGCUCCUCCAGGGCCGUGUCUCCAGUAACUCCUCCAGGGCCCGUGGCUACAGUGACUCCUCCAGGGGCUCCUCCAGGGCUGGCGGCUCCAGUAGCUCCUCCAGGGCCGCGGCUCCAGUGACUCCUCCAGGGCCGUGUCUCCAGUAGCUCCUCCAGGGCCCGUGGCUACAGUGACUCCUCCAGGGGCUCCUCCAGAGCCGUGGCUCCAGUAGCUCCUGCAGGGCCGUGGCUCCAGUGACUCCUCCAGGGCCGUGUCUCCAGUAGCUCCUCCAGGGCUGGCGGCUCCAGUGACUCCUCCUGGGCCGUGUCUCCAGUAACUCCUCUAGAGCCGUGGCUCCAGUAGCUCCUGCAGGGCCGUGGCUCCAGUGACUCCUCCAGGGCCGUGUCUCCAGUAGCUCCUCCAGGGCUGGCGGAUCCAGUAGCUCCU